CUUUAAAGGCAAGGGAGGCGGGGCGAGCCGGGGACUGCCUGAGAUUUGAUACCGUCUGAGAUACCGGCAAACUUGAGCCCUUCCUAAGAAUUGAGCGGCCUCCGGUUCCUCCAGUGGGCCUCGCCCGACGAGCUGAUCCAUACAAGCAGGCAGCGGCGAUGGCGAUGGCUAUUGCAGCGGAUUUUAAAACGAAUGCAGAUCAGGCUUGUAGAGCUGCGGAAGAGUUUGUCAAUGUCUACUAUGAUACUAUUGAUAAAAGAAGACAGAUGAUGACUCGAUUGUACCUGGAUAAUGCGACUUUGAUUUGGAAUGGAAAUGUUGUGAAUGGACAAGAGGCCCUGGGAAAAUUUUUUGAUGCGUUGCCUGCCAGUGAGUUUCAGAUCAAUGUAAUAGACUGUCAGCCUGUUCAUGAACAAGCCACUCAGAACCAAACUACUGUCCUCGUGGUGACCUGUGGGACAGUGAAAUUUGACGGGAACAAGCACCGCUAUUUCAACCAGAACUUCCUGUUGACCGCCCAAGUCAUGCCAAACAGCAUUGUGUGGAAAAUCGCGAGUGACUGCUUCCGUUUCCAGGAUUGGUCAAGUUAGGCCUGGCCAGAAACGGGACUCUCUUGUCCCUGGCCUGAAUGUUCCAGCAUUCUUUCUUUAAAAUGUUUGAAAUUCAUUUGUGUUCUCCUGUUGUCCACCUCAUUUCAGAAGUGCUGUAAACCCAGAGUGCACCAGAGGUGAUGAGUCUUUCAAAACGAUUUAAAUCUCGAGAAUAGCAACUGGUGGGGACACUCUUAAAAGUUUAAGACUGAUCCUGAAAUGCUGACUGUUUACUAUUUGUUAAAAGGGCAACUACACCACGAUAAACUUGAUCCAUCACAAAAACGACUUCCUUCUUGACAUUGUGUCCGACAAUGUGGCCCCCUCAUUACUUUAACAGAUUGGAGCGGGUUAAUACUAUCCAAAUACUCACUUCUUUUCAGUAAAGGCCGCAGAGGAGCCAUCAAAGUCAGGACAAUGGAAACGCUGCUCCUUGUUACUUGCUGGGCUUUAAAAACUACUCACAUGUUCUGGAAAUGUAUACUGUGAAGUGAUUAUGUUCAAAUUGGUUUUCAAUGAAUUACAGAGUUAAUAUUAGAAACCCGUAGAAGCAAACUGUUUUUGAAAUUAAAUGUUGCAAUAAAAGUGUUUGAAAGCACAAA